AGGGUUUAGGGAGGGCUUUGGCUUCUGCUCACAAAAACCAUUUCUUUCUUCUUCCCCAAGCUCUCCAGCAAUGGCGGUUUCUCUCCGUCCACGGCUGUGAUUUUCAGCAAACAAGAGCUCCCCAUCCCUACCGUCUGUCAUGUUGAAGGCCUUAUCGUCCUCGUGUCUGCGAGGUCGAAUCCACGCCUCAACCACCCCCACCCCCUUAUCGCCGCAUCUCCGCCACGCGAACGAGUCGAACUCUCCAUUGCUCCGCGUCUUGUCCUCUCUCAAACGUUCUAACCCGAGGAACCAUAAUUUAUGCCACAGAUUGUUUUUCUGUUCUGAUUCGAAGGAUGGGUCCGAGCCAGUCGAGGCCGCGGCCGAGUCCAAGGGGGCUGAGGCCGAAGCCGAGGAAGCCGAGUCUAAUAAGUCCUCUUCGGCCAUUGUGCCAACAGUGUUCAGGCCCGAAGAUUAUCUCACGGUUUUGGCAUUGCCAUUGCCGCAUAGGCCAUUAUUUCCAGGAUUCUACAUGCCAAUAUAUGUGAAGGAUCCUAAAUUACUAGCAGCUUUAGUGGAAAGUCGAAAAAGACAAGCCCCUUAUGCUGGAGCUUUUCUUCUUAAAGAUGAGCCUGGUAAUGAUCCUACUGUAACGGCAGAUACAGACAAAAAUAUAUAUGAGCUCAAAGGAAAAGAUUUGUUUAACCGCCUCCAUGAAGUUGGUACACUAGCUCAGAUUACAAGCAUCCAAGGAGACCAGGUAGUACUUAUUGGUCAUAGACGACUUAAAAUCGCAGAAAUGGUCAGCGAGGAUCCUCUUACUGUGAAAGUUGAUCAUCUAAAGGAUAAGCCAUAUAAUAAAGAUGAUGAUGUUAUAAAGGCAACAUCAUUUGAGGUUAUAUCAACAUUGAGGGAUGUUUUGAAGACAAGCUCUCUUUGGAGAGAUCAUGUCCAAACCUACACUCAGCAUAUUGGCGAUUUCAAUUAUUCAAGGUUAGCAGAUUUUGGAGCCGCAAUAUCUGGUGCAAACAAAGUACAAUGCCAGGAAGUGGUUGAAGAGCUAGAUGUCUAUAAAAGAUUAAAACUUACUCUGGAAUUAGUGAAGAAGGAAAUGGAGAUCAGUAAGAUUCAGGAAUCAAUUGCAAAAGCAAUUGAAGAGAAAAUAAGUGGAGAACAACGCCGUUAUUUAUUGAACGAACAGAUGAAAGCUAUCAAGAAGGAAUUGGGAUUGGAGACCGAUGACAAAACAGCACUGUCUGCAAAAUUUAGGGAGCGAAUUGAGCCAAAAAGGGAGAGAUGUCCACCUCAUGUAAUGCAAGUGAUAGAGGAAGAACUGACAAAACUUCAAUUGCUAGAGGCCAGUUCAAGCGAAUUUAAUGUAACACGUAAUUAUCUUGAUUGGCUGACUGCGUUACCUUGGGGUGAUUACAGUGAUGAGAAUUUUGAUGUCAUUCGGGCACAAAAAAUUCUUGAUGAAGACCAUUAUGGGUUGGCAGAUGUGAAGGAAAGGAUAUUGGAAUUCAUAGCAGUGGGAAAACUUCGAGGAAUCUCACAAGGAAAGAUUAUUUGUCUCUCUGGCCCUCCUGGAGUGGGCAAAACUAGCAUUGGUCGUUCAAUUGCACGUGCAUUGAACCGUAAGUUCUACCGAUUUUCUGUUGGAGGAUUGUCUGAUGUUGCUGAAAUAAAGGGGCAUCGCCGAACCUAUAUUGGUGCAAUGCCAGGAAAGAUGGUGCAGUGCUUGAAAAAUGUUGGCACAGCGAAUCCUCUUGUCCUAAUUGAUGAGAUUGAUAAGUUGGGGAGGGGACAUACAGGGGACCCAGCAAGUGCAAUGUUGGAGCUCCUUGAUCCAGAGCAAAAUGCUAACUUUUUAGAUCACUAUCUUGAUGUUCCAAUUGACUUAUCAAAGGUUCUUUUUGUUUGUACUGCAAAUGUCGUGGAAAUGAUUCCUAAUCCUCUCUUGGACAGAAUGGAGGUUAUUGCUAUUGCUGGUUAUAUCACUGAUGAGAAAAUGCACAUUGCUAGAGAUUAUUUGGAGAAAUCUACUCGAGAAGCUUGUGGCAUAAAGCCAGAUCAGGUUGAGGUAACUGAUGCGGCUCUCCUUGCUUUAAUUGAAAAUUACUGCCGGGAAGCUGGUGUCCGGAAUCUUCAGAAGCAGAUUGAGAAGAUUUACCGCAAGAUUGCCCUGCAACUUGUACGGGAAAGAGAACAAAAUGAACCUCCAGUUGGAGGUCCAGAUGUGGGACCUAAUGAAGUAAAAGCAGACUCUGUCAGUGAAUCUGGUGAAACAAUGGUUGUAGCACAGGCUGAGGUCUUGACUGAACCAGUAGACAGUAGCAGUAUUGAAAUGGUGUCUGAGGCCUCAAUUGGAACAGCGAGUGUGCAGAAGGAUCUCUCAGCCAAUGAAAAGCAAGGCUCGGCGGAUCAACUUACUGGUCCAGAGGCCAACAAGGAAACUGACCAAAAAAGUGAAGUGAGUAAGACAGAUGAGAAAGUUUUGGUUGACACAUCAAAUUUGUCUGAUUUUGUUGGCAAACCUGUUUUCCAUGCUGAACGCAUAUAUGAUCAAACACCAGUUGGUGUUGUAAUGGGUCUUGCUUGGACUGCAAUGGGUGGUUCCACCCUCUACAUAGAGACCACUCAGGUUGAGCAAGGUGAAGGGAAAGGGGCUUUGCAUAUCACUGGUCAACUUGGAGACGUGAUGAAAGAAAGUGCCCAGAUUGCUCACACAGUUUCCAGAGCAAUAUUGCAUGAGAAACAGCCAGACAGUCCGUUCUUUGCUAAUUCCAAGCUUCACCUGCAUGUCCCUGCGGGAGCCACUCCAAAGGAUGGACCCAGUGCCGGUUGCACCAUGAUUACAUCGUUGCUGUCUCUUGCCACGAGGAAAGCUGUUAAGAAAGACCUAGCAAUGACGGGGGAAGUAACGUUAACUGGGAGAAUACUUCCUAUUGGUGGGGUUAAGGAGAAGACUAUAGCAGCAAAACGCAGUGGCGUGAAGACCAUCAUAUUUCCUUCAGCUAACAGAAGAGAUUUUGAUGAGCUUGCAUCCAAUGUGAAGGAGGGGCUUGAGGUUCACUUUGUAGAUGACUACAGUCAAAUAUUCGAUUUGGCUUUUAGUGAGGAUCAGCAUAUCGAAAAAUAAGGCACACUUUGCCAUCUGUUCCUGCAAUAUGAUCUACAAUUUUCUGGAUUCAGACGUCCAUCUUCUUCUCCAAGUGGCUGCCUAUAUUUAUAUAUAUAUAUAUAUAUAUGCUUCAAACCAACUUGUAAGCUGUUGUUCAGCACAAAUUUGUUUUUCUUCUUCUUGUUGGGGUGGGGGGGUGUUGGUUCAAUUCACUUGCUCUCAUUUUGUUUUUCUUUGUCCAGGCAAGUAGAGAGCAUCAGAGUCACUCAAAACAUGGUAUUCAAAUAGCGUAUUAAUUAGCUAAAGGUUACGUUAAGGUUGUUUGGUUCACUCACUUUGAUUUGAUUUGAAGGGAGGAUGGUCUGGGCCUGAUGGUGGUGGGAAGCACAUUACAGUGACUUCUUAAGGCAUAAAUAAUAUAGUUGACAGGGAACAUAUACUGUUUGUGAGCUGAGCUGAGGUGGCUGGCUGGCUGGCUGGAAAAGAAAUAGUUAUCUUUGUUGUAGUAAUGGCCGCCAAAUACAAUGUUAUUCCUUGUGAUUUGUACGAAAAUUACAUAACCACCCAUUUGUGAUUCAAAAUAAAAUUUGGCUCCUAAUUCUUUUGUGGCCUGGGUUAGAGUCUCAA